CUGAGGGACCGCGGCGAGGUGGCUCGCCACGGAGAAGCGUGUGUGGGGUUUUUUGUCCCCGCUCCUUUCACGCUCUUACUCCCCCCCUCCUUCCCCUUGAUGGUUGGUGGCUCGCGCAGUGGCGGUUACCACAGCUUCUCCCCCCCCGUCUCUCCUCACCCCGAGCCAUUGUUGCGAACGCCUCCUUCUCUCUCUCCUUUAAAACUUCUUCAGGCGACGAGGAUGAUUCUGCUGAGUCGAGCUCCUGACCUCCGCCGCCCUCCAGUCACAUCGUCUGAUCGCCACAACGCGGGUUGCUGCUGGCAAGAAUGGGGAAAGAUGGUGAUGCUGCAACAGAGGGUAAAUUUUGGCCUCAACAAUUAAUGGUGUUGGUUUUUAUGGACCAUGGGGGAAAAGGAAGUACAGGGCAUUAAGAAUGUACCAACAACAAUGCUAGGAUUACAAUGGGAAGUGUCACACUUCGCUAUUUCUGCUAUGGCUGCCUCUUCACAUCUGUGACCUGGACGCUUCUACUCUUUAUUUAUUUCAACUUCAGCGAAGAGACCCAGUCUUUCAAGAAUGUGCCCAUCAAGGGGCUUGAACCUCAGAAGCCAUUUCCCAAAAAAAUCUAUCCCCGUUUUGUCCAUGGGCCAGUACACAUGCCUGAACCUCACCACAGAUACAGCAAGGUCAGGAAUCCAUUGGGAAAUGCUGCACAGGAUCCCAUCAAGGGUGAUACCGAGAUUUCUCCUGAAAUGGGUAUGAUUUUUAAUGAACAAGACCAGGACGUGAGAGACUUGGGCUAUCAAAAGCAUGCUUUCAAUAUGCUCAUCAGUAACCGAUUGGGAUAUCACAGAGAUGUGCCAGACACAAGGGAUCCAAAAUGUAAGGAAAAAAGUUACCCUCUUGAUCUACCGUAUGCUAGCAUUAUAAUUUGUUUUUAUAAUGAAGCGUUCUCUGCCUUGCUUCGGACAGUACAUAGUGUUUUGGAUCGUACACCAUCUAAUCUUCUCCAUGAAAUUAUCUUGGUGGAUGACAGUAGUGAAUUAGCUGACCUGAAAGAAAAUUUGGAUGCUUAUUUAACAAAAAAUCUUCCACACAACAUAAAACUAGUCAGAAACGAGAAGCGAGAAGGGCUAAUUCGUGGGAGAAUGGUUGGAGCUUCCCAUGCUACAGGGAAAGUACUUGUGUUUCUGGACAGUCACUGUGAGGUGAAUGAAAUGUGGCUGCAACCUUUGCUGACACCCAUCCAGGAAUCGCGCAAAACAGUGGUUUGUCCUGUUAUCGAUAUCAUCAGCGCUGACACGCUUACCUACAGCUCUUCCCCAGUUGUUCGUGGAGGGUUCAACUGGGGCCUGCACUUUAAAUGGGAUCUUGUUCCUUUAUCAGAACUAGAAGGCCCUGAGGGAGCCACUGCUCCAAUCAAGUCACCUACAAUGGCAGGAGGCUUGUUUGCCAUGGACAGAGAAUAUUUUAAUGAACUUGGAUUGUAUGAUAAUGGCAUGGACAUAUGGGGAGGAGAAAACCUGGAAAUAUCAUUUCGGAUCUGGAUGUGCGGGGGCAAACUUAUCAUCAUCCCAUGUUCCAGAGUAGGACAUAUCUUUCGUAAAAGACGCCCUUACGGCUCACCGGGUGGGCAGGACACCAUGGCACACAACUCUCUACGGCUAGCACAUGUGUGGAUGGAUGAAUAUAAGGAACAGUAUUUUGCCCUGCGACCAGAACUAAGGAUGAGGAAUUAUGGAAAUAUUACUGAUCGUGUGGAAUUGAGAAAAAAGUUGAACUGUAAAUCAUUUAAGUGGUACUUAGACAAUAUAUACCCAGAGAUGCAAAUUUCUGGACCCAAUGCCAAAGUACACCCACCAGUCUUUUUCAACAAAGGGCAAAAACGACCAAAAACGCUACAACGUGGACGGCUGAUACAUCUUCAGACAAAUAAAUGUCUUGUUGCCCAAGGCCACCCAAGUCAGAAAGGAGGACUCGUUGUGGUCCGAGAGUGUGAUGACAAUGAUCAAAAUCAGGUAUGGGUUUAUAAUGAAGAUCAUGAGUUGAUUCUAAACCAUCUCCUGUGCUUGGAUAUGUCUGAAUCACGCACUUCUGAUCCGCCACGCCUUAUGAAAUGCCAUGGAUCAGGAGGAUCCCAGCAAUGGGUGUUUGGGAAAAACAAUCGACUGUAUCAGGUGUCUGUUGGGCAGUGCAUGAAGGUAGUCGAUCCGCUUAGCCUCAAAGGAUACGUGACCAUGGCAAUUUGUGAUGGCUCCCUCCCUCAGCAAUGGCGUUUGGAGAGCUGAAUGACAUAUCCCCAGUAGCCCAUAGCUGAGCUUGUAGGCCCUGCAACCUCUGCUAUUUCUGAUACCGGAAAAGUAAUGAAAAUACUUUUAAUGACAGUGUGAGAAGCUAUUGGAAGCAAGUGGAGUAGAAAUUGUGGCAGCCACAUUUCAGUCUCUUUACACAAGUAGAAGUGCAAUUAAUGUAAGUUUUUUGGUGUUCGCUGGCAUAUGGAAGCAUUCUAAACAAUUAGAACAUUGUAAUUUAAUUAGUGAAGAAAUUGAACUGAAUAUUUUCUAGUGUUCAGAAGACUACCAUGUCUUGCCAGUAUUUCUUGCACAAGUAUCAUGGAACUACGUGUUUUCAUUUGGGAGAAUGGAUAGAUUAUUUUAAGUGAUCUGGAAAAAGAAUAUUAAUUUUUAGUAAUCUGUGUAUUUAAUUUUAAUUUGUUAAUAUUAACAUGCUAUGUAGUUACCAUUUUAUCUCAUUUGUCCUGCAGCAUUUAAAAUAAAAUUAUUACAAAUUUAAUUUUGAUGACCAAGAUUAUGAAGCGGAAGCCCUCAUGCAGUGGGGCUUUCUUGCCUCCUUCUCCCCACUUUAACACCCUGUACCCCAAAAAGCCUUUCCGGAGGGUUGGGGAAUCCUUAGAAAGCCCUUGGAAUGGGUGUGGGGCUGCAGCAGUAGGGAACAACUGGAGGAGGAGCUGACUUGUAGGAGCAGAAGUGCCUUUCUGCUUGCACAUCUUUGGAUGCCGCCAAUAUUAAACUGGCAUUUUAAAAGCAAGUAUGCUACUUUAUUCAUUAUGAUAGUCUGUUAUAGUCAGUUACUGAGUGAAGAGAUCAACAGAUUUGAUUAUGAAGGUGCAAGAUGUAUUAAUUUCUAUAAAAACCUGUGAGUAGUUUUAAUUUCUUCCUUUGGGCUGAAAGCAUGAAUUGCAAAUUUUGUGUAAUCAGUACAUUCAGCACAAAAUGUAGUUGAUGGUAUUAGAAACAUUUUCUGUUUCCCUCUUGAAAAUCAGACAGGAGGUUUGUGACCAUGUCCAAAGAAAAGAAUUACCCGUACUGAGAAUGUCUUAUGUUUUAAUUGGGUAUAAAGUUUAUUUUCUACAGAUUAAUGGAUUGUAUGCUACCUAACACAUACAAGCUAGCAUAUGCUACAUGUCUUUCUUUAAAAGGUUGUUGCCUUUUAUGGUUAUCUACCUUAACAGCCAAAGUCCCCAGCCCAUAGCACAGUACACUAUAAGCACUUCUGAGCAUGUGCUGCCCUUUUAAUUUCAAUGAAGUCAGCAGAUCCACAUGUAUGUGGAAGAAAGCUCUUACCAGGGGAAGUGGAGGGCAGCCCACAUGAAUUGAUUCAUACCAGAAGACAUUACAGGAAGUUGCACUGUGUUCAUAAGAAAAGAAGACUUUGUGUGAUGGUUCUAACAUGUGAAUUUGUCCUAAUUUUUACUCUGUCUCAGUUAUAAAAAAUGGAGUAGGUUAUAUCAGACUGUGGACAGUUGGAUAUCCAGAGUAAUAGAAAAUUAUGUGGAGUUGUUCACAUGCAUAGUAGCUAGAGUGUGUAUAUCAGUCAUACACCAUGUACCAUCAAUAGUCUGGGAAGUGCUUGGAAAGUACUCAUAUUAUUUUAUAUGUACUAUCUCUGUGGCAUUCUUCCAACUUCAUCUGCUGUUGAUCUGGUCUAGUCUAUUUACCUCUCAGCAAUUAAACCAUGGCUUUGGGAAAUAUUUUUUAGGCUGGAGUCAAGGUGAAGAGUCCUAGUCUAAAACUGUUAUACAAAGCAA